CUUAGUUCAAGCACCGUGUUCGUUCGGCAAACAAUUGUGCGAUCGUUCUCAGUUUUCCUGUAAUUUGGAGAGUUCUGAUAAGAUCAAACCUGAUUGCUUAUAUUCAGUUAGCUAAUUUUCAGAAUGCUCCGAGCAAAUAUUAAUUAGCUUGUUGAAAUUUUACAUGAUUUUCAGAUUAAACCAUGAUUGGAUUUUUCUCGGUCGCUGGCGGCGUGAAAAAUGGUUCUUUUUCUCCGAUUAACCGACUCCUUAGAUCAUCAUCAUCUAAACAUCAAUGCUCACGUUUCAAUAGUAAUCUUCCUACUAGUAUAGCUCUCAGAUCUAAACUUGCCAAUCGUAAUAAUCAAUCUCUUUUAUACAUCGAACCUUACUCGAGAAAUGUAUUCAUUCUCAACAACUACAGUAGCGACACUGCCAAUUUGAAGCCUAUAAAGAAGCUUCUGGUUGCAAACAGAGGUGAAAUCGCAGUACGAGUGUUCAGGGCAUGCGCCGAAUUGGACAUUAAAACAGUGGCAAUUUAUUCUCAACAAGACCAGAAACAAGUUCAUAGAUUGAAAGCUGACGAGGCUUUUCUUAUUGGCAAAGGACUCGCUCCCGUUCAAGCAUACCUAAACAUACCAGAAAUAGUAGAGUUAGCUGUCAAAAACAAAGUCGACGCUAUUCACCCUGGAUAUGGGUUCUUGUCGGAGCGAUCUGAAUUUGCGAAGGCUUGUGUUAAUGCUGGAAUUACAUUCGUCGGACCCUCGCCAGAUACGGUGGCAAAAAUGGGCGACAAGGUUGAAGCGAGAAAGAUUGCUCAACUUGCAGGGGUUCCUUGCGUCCCGGGAACUGAUACCCCACUUGAAUCGUUCGAAGAAGCGGCUGAGUUUUGCAAGACUAUCGAUUUCCCUAUUAUGCUUAAGGCUGCGUUUGGAGGCGGAGGGCGCGGAAUGAGAAUUGUCCGAAGUAUGGACGAACUUGAGGAAAGUUUCACCCGCGCAAGUUCGGAAGCCUUAGCUGCUUUUGGAAAUGGAUCGAUGUUCAUUGAAAAACUGGUCGGGAAUCCAAGACAUAUUGAGAUCCAAGUUAUGGGCGACAAAUACGGAAAUAUAGUACAUUUGUUAGAACGCGAUUGUUCUUUGCAGAGGCGUCACCAGAAACUGAUUGAAAUUGCGCCGGCAAUGAAUUUAGACCCGAUGACACUUUCUACUAUGUGGGCGGAUGCAGUAAAAAUAGCGAAAAGUGUAAACUAUGAAAAUGCAGGCACAGUUGAGUUUUUGUACGAUCAGGACACCCAGAAACACUAUUUUAUUGAGGUCAACGCAAGACUACAAGUGGAACACACGGUAACUGAAGAAGUCACAGGAAUCGAUCUUGUCCAGACGCAAAUUAAGGUCUCCGAGGGUCAUUCGCUGGAUAGUUUGAAAAUCAACCAAAACCAAAUCAAAGCUCACGGUGUGGCGAUUCAGUGUAGAAUUACAUCGGAAGAUCCAGGAAAAGAUUUUCAACCAGAUACAGGACGAAUUGAGAUCUUCCGAAGUGGAGAAGGUAUGGGAAUUAGACUGGACAGUGCGUCCGCAUUCGCUGGAGCAAUUAUUUCCCCUCAUUAUGACUCAUUGUUGAUGAAAGUCAUAGCACAUGGCCGGGACCAUCAUGCAACUAUUGCGAAAAUGCAGAGAUCGCUGAGAGAGUUUAGAAUCAGAGGAGUGAAGACAAAUAUCCCGUUCCUACUGAACGUUUUAGAGCACCCAAGGUUUCAAAAUGCAUCAAUAGAUACUAAAUUCAUUGACACUGACUCAGCUAGACUCUUCAAGUUUCCAAAGAGCAAAGACCGAGCUAGUAAGUUAUUGAAAUACUUGGGCGAUGUUGCAGUGAAUGGAACCCAAAAUCCGGGCGGAACUUCGCUCAAGCCCUCAGAAGUGGAUCCAAUUAUACCUCAUGUUGACAGUUCCCAUCAGAUACCUCAAGGUUGGCGAGAUGUGUUACUGGCUAAGGGACCAGAAGGUUUUGCAAAGCAAGUGAGAGAACACGAAGGACUUCUUCUUAUGGACACUACCUUCAGAGAUGCACAUCAAAGUCUGCUGGCAACGCGAGUUCGAACCGUAGACUUGAAAAAAAUAGCACCAUAUGUUGCACACAAUUUUGCUAAUCUAUACAGCUUAGAGAACUGGGGUGGUGCUACUUAUGAUGUAUCAAUGCGAUUCUUGAACGAAUGUCCUUGGGAGCGUCUCGAGGAGUUGCGAGAACUUAUUCCAAACAUUCCGUUCCAGAUGCUCCUACGAGGAGCUAAUGGGGUUGGUUACACCAGCUACGCCGAUAAUGUAAUUUACAAAUUCUGCGAUCUGGCGCACAAAUCGGGUCUGGAUAUUUUCCGAGUUUUUGAUAGUCUGAACUACUUGCCGAGUCUACUUCUGGGAAUCGACGCUGCGGGCGCUGCAGGAGGGGUAGUCGAAGCAGCGAUGUGUUAUACAGGAGACGUUGUGAACCCAAGGGCGAAUAAGUACAAUCUGGAUUAUUACAUGAAGAUGGCGGAGACGCUUGUCAAAUCCGGUGCUCAUAUUCUAACUAUCAAAGACAUGUCUGGAGUUUUGAAACCGAAUGGAGCUCACAUGCUGGUCGGAGCUCUAAGAAAAGAGUUCCCUAAUAUGCCGAUACAUAUACAUACUCACGACACAGCUGGGGCAGGAGUAGCAUCAAUGCUCGCUUGUGCGGAAGCAGGCGCCGACAUUGUGGAUGUUGCUGUCGAUUCGAUGUCGGGAAUGACGUCACAGCCGAGUAUGGGAGCUAUUGUUGCGGCAGUUGAUAAAACAGAUCAAUCAACUGGACUGAAUUUGGAGAACGUAUCUGAGUAUUCGUCCUACUGGGAACAGACCAGGAACCUGUACGCACCAUUUGAAUGCGCUACUACAAUGAAGAGCGGGAACGCGGACGUCUAUCAGAACGAAAUUCCAGGAGGUCAGUACACUAAUUUGCAGUUCCAAGCCUUCAGUUUGGGCUUGGCUUCUCAAUUCGAACAGGUCAAGAAAGUAUACGCUGAUGCAAACUUGCUGUUGGGAGACCUCGUAAAAGUGACCCCAUCUUCCAAAAUGGUAGGAGAUUUGGCUCAGUUCAUGGUGCAAAAUAACUUAACAGUUGAAGAUGUCGAGAACAAAGCUGAUGAACUUUCGUUCCCAAAAUCAGUCGUGGAGUUCAUGCAAGGUCAAUUGGGACAACCGCUUGGAGGGUUUCCGGAACCAUUGAGGACCAAAGUGUUAAAAGGGCUUCCAAAGAUGGAGAAAAGACCAGGUGAGGUGUUGGAACCGGUUAAUUUUGAAAAAAUGCGAGAAGAACUGAAAGAGAAGUGGGAGUUUGCAGAUGAAAUAACUGACAAAGAUGUUAUGAGUUAUAUUUUGUACCCUGCUGUAACUGAUACUUUUAAGAAGAACGUUGACAAAUUUGGACCUGUCUCGUGUCUGGAAACGCGGCAGUUUUUCAUUGGACCAAAAAUUGGCGAGGAAUUUAACGUGGAAAUUGAGCAUGGAAAGAUUCUCUCUAUCAAAUUGCUAUCAGUAGGAGAACUAGACAAAGUGUUGGGCCAGCGUGAAGUGUUUUUCGAAUUGAACGGACAACUUAGAUCGAUCAUUGUGAAAGACAACCAAGCGCAAGCGUCCAUUAGUCACCAUCCGAAGGCGCGCGAGGGUGUCAAGGGGUCAAUUGGAGCACCGAUGCCAGGUCAAGUGCUUGAUGUGAAGGUCAAAGCAGGCCAAGAGGUGAAGAAGAAUGACCCUCUGGCUGUUUUGAGUGCGAUGAAAAUGGAGAUGGUGGUCAGUUCACCUGUCGAUGGUGUUGUGAAGAGUGUCGAAAUAUCGCCAGGCAUGAAUCUGGAAGGUCAUGAUUUGUUGAUGGAAAUUGAAUAAAAGGAUCUGUGAUGCUGAAGAGGAAAAAUUGAUUGUCUGAGAAGCCGACGUGUAUCAUAAACUAAACUGGAGACCUAAAGGAAGCUUAGUAAAUAUUUAUAUAAUGUAGAUAUGACAACUCUUCGUAAUCAAUAAUGAAUUAGUGCAGUGUAAUCUAUGCUUAAUCAUAGUUAGAUUUGCCUUAGUAAUCGGAGAAAAUUGCGAGGAAAAUGCUGCUUUGCAACACUGAAGGGCAAUAUUCGCUUCUGAUGAUAAGGAGGAUAAAAUGUUAAAGAAAAAUAAAGUGAGUUAGUAAUAUACAUUUUUGCAGUGUUUUAAUUUUGUCUCGAAAAUAAAGACAUCAGUUGAGAAUAGUUAUUAUGCAAAGAAAAUGUUUUUGCAAUUACAUUUUUAUCUGCUGGGCCAGCUAAGAAAUUUUCAACGUCAGGGCCGGCCUAACGAUUUGAAUUUAAACUAAUGAUUGGAUACACAAGGCCAUCGGAACUCGCAUGCUGUUUGGGAAUUUGAUAUCCGAUUCAGUGGGCUGCGCAGAUGUUUUUGAGGGGGGAAAAUGAAGGGGCAUUCGACUGCUGAUUAAAGAAAAUUCGAAUGUCAGCCUCCUUAUUAGCGUACACGACCUUGAAUCUUAAAUAUUAUGUUUCUAGUUUUGUACAAGGCUUUAUGCUAUAUUUUAAAACGUUGACUCCAAUAAAAAAAUAUUUAGGUAUCAAUAUAUUGUGUUUUAAACAUUUGAACAUAAGGUUUUCUUUAACAUGACGCAAGUAAACUUUAAUCAAAUAAUUGGAAGGGAAUAUGUUAAUUUGUCGCGUAGCGAACCUGAUUCGUCGACCUGCUAGGCCAAAGCUAGCAGAAUAUAGAAAACUUGAGGAAUAAUAUAAAUAUCAGCUUAAUCGUCAUUAUGAGCUUCAGAAUUUAUUGUUUUUGUUUAAAAUCUUCAUUUGCAGUGAUUUAGCAUCUCAAUCAAAUACCUCUGGGAUCUUUCCCUUGCUCUGUUAUUACUUGCAAUUAAAUACUGUGAUGAACAUUGUAGUUCGUUUGUAUUGUCUUUAGCUUGAUUGUUGUUUUCAAUUAAAUGAAGAAAAAAAAACUAUUAGUUACAA